AAGUCGAGUCAUAUGACAUGUUUUACUUACUCGUCGAAACAGGUUGUGGCCGCAUCGAACUGGUGGGAAUUAUUAGAGUGAUUUAGACGCCAACAUGACCACCGAAAUCUCGUUUAAUAUCAACGAUGGGUACUUGGAAGGCCUAGUGAGAGGAUUCAAGGGAGGAAUUUUGAAGCAGCCAGAUUAUCUCAAUCUUGUUCAGUGCGAAAUUUUAGAAGAUCUCAAGUUGCAUUUACAGAGCACAGACUACGGUGGUUUCCUGCAAAAUGAACCCUCCCCUCUUACAGUGUCCGUCAUCGACGACAAACUCAAAGAGAAACUGGUGGUGGAAUUUCAACAUCUCCGAAUCCAUGCGGUGGAGCCAUUGUCCAAAUUCCUUGACUUUAUCACUUACAGCUACAUGAUAGACAACAUCAUCCUGUUGAUCACUGGUACCCUGCAUCAACGGUCCAUCUCAGAACUAAUACCCAAGUGUCAUCCACUGGGCAGCUUUGAGCAGAUGGAAGCUGUGAAUGUUGCCACCACACCUGCCGACCUCUACAAUGCCAUCAUCGUUGAUACACCACUCGCCCCAUUUUUCCAGGAGUGUAUCUCGGAACAAGAUCUUGAUGAAAUGAACAUUGAGAUCAUUCGUAACACGCUGUACAAGGCCUACCUGGAGGCAUUCUAUAAAUUCUGUGAGGAUCUAGGCGGGGCCACAGCAGAUGUCAUGUGCACCAUUCUUGGGUUUGAAGCUGAUCGCCGCGCAUUCAUCAUCACCAUCAACUCAUUUGGUACUGAGCUUACCAAGGAGGAUCGGUUCAAGUUAUAUCCACGCUGUGGUCAGCUAAAUCCAGACGGUUUGGCUGCCUUGGCUAAAUGUGACGACUAUGAACAAGUCCGAGCGGUGGCUGACAACUACGCAGAGUAUAAGCAACUCUUUGACGGAGCAGGAACCAACCCAGGGGACAAGACUCUGGAGGACAAAUUCUUUGAGCAUGAGGUAAAGCUGAACGUGAAUGGUUUUAUGCAACAGUUCCACUAUGGCGUCUUCUACUCUUACGUUAAACUCAAGGAACAAGAAUGCAGAAACAUUGUAUGGAUUGCAGAGUGUGUCGCCCAGAGGCAACGAGGCAAGAUUGACAAUUACAUCCCGAUCCUGUAAUGGUACAUCCCAAAAUUUACAUGCUGAUCACUGUAUCUAUCUAGAUGCUUCGUAUUUUAGUCGGGUCCCUACCAAACCUGUCUGGCCACCAUUAACGUCAGUAGUGGGACACCAGACAGGUUCAUCCUUGUACUGGUUGGAUUGUGCAGCAGGUGUUUACCAUAAAUAGUCACAGAACUGUUUUCUUGGAUAGUUAAGUGUACGAAUGUCACUUGAACAGUGUGAAGUAUUUUUGUCAAAAAUAGAUAACUGGAAAAUGCUGAAGGGAAUCAAACUUAAGAACAGUUAAGUUUUCAUGCUGGACACUGCUAAUUGAAGCACUGAAAAUGAUUCUGAUGCAGAGUUUGAUUGUGUUAUUUAAACGAGCACAGAGGAAUAUAUUCAUGAGAACAUCAGCUACGUUUUAAGUGCAGGUUGGUUUUUUUAGGGGGGGCUAAAUAUAUCUAUUAUUUAAAUAGGUUUUAAGAUGUCUGUUACUCUAGCAAAGAAAGUGUUAAUCCUGGGUGUUGUAAAUAUGUAAUUACCAAAAUAUGUAUAAAUAUUCAUGAAAUAUUUCCAAGACAACCCUCCAACAUUUUUGUUGUGCGUAUAAUUUUGAUUUGAAUUGUGCUUGGAUAUGAUGUAAACAUCAGAUUUCAUUUAAUUGAUCAGCCAUGGAUACAUUGGUCAACCAGAUUCUAAAUUGUAAUGUGUAAUGUUCUUUCAUUUUAAAGAUUAAAGCAUAAAAGUUUGCACUUGAAAACUACAUUUCUGUACGACAGCAGAAAUUUCACAUUGAGGCCCAACUGGUAACAUGUUAUUAGAAUAAUGCUAGCAAACUUUCAAUUUAGACCCAAACCCACAGAAGUACAUAAAUGCCGUAAGAAAGACCCUACUGGACAUGGCAUGAAGAACCAAUAACAUAUAGUGUGCACUGUGGUAUUUCAUAGAUAUAGUGUGCACUGUGGUAUUUCAUAGAUAUCCAGCUAAAACAUUCUUGUUGGAUAGGCUAAGCUGGUUACAAUACAUGAUAACCAGGAGACUAAAUAUUUUGUACAAACGACUUAUUCAGAGCUCAUAAUUGCUAGUCACCCCUAUGUUUACUCAGUUUUCCUGAUAAGACCUAGUGUAAUCUCGGUUCUGUGUUAAGUCCCAAGUAGUGUUUAUGAAAACACAUCUUUUCCCUUGGGAACCUGCCAUGCAGCUUUGGAGGGUCAAAUCAUAUUGUUUGGAAGAAAACUACGGCACAUUCCAUCGGUACCAAUUCUAAUGUGUCCUCUUCAGUGGCCUCAGAAAUCAUGGAUAAUUUGAGUCUUGGAUAUAAGUGCAUUUUAUUUCUGAUGUAGUUUGAUAAAAAUUGGUGGAUUAAAAACAGUACUUGUGUUUUGACUGGAAACGGAAUUUCAAGCUGAAAGCUGUGACAGUUCAUGUCCCUUAUAGUCCUGCACUAUCUAGUGUAAUGAAUCCACAUAACCUACACAGCUUGUACAUUUAACAUUUUGAUAAAAUGUGUGUCUGUCAGGUGUGGAUUAGGGAAAGCUAUAUAUAGCCUCAGAGCAAAGCUGUGGAAUAAAUAAAAUAUGGCCGACUGCUUAAACCGUUGACCUUCAUACAUUGCCGGCUGAGCUAUACUUGUAGUGACAAUUCUAUCUACAUUUGGGAUGUAAACACCCCAAGAUUUUUUUUCAGACUUCUGAUUAGCUUUUUUGUUCUCAAAAGUGAUAAUGUAUGCCAUUUUGUGUUAGUCAUUUGUAGACCAUGUUCAUCAUGCAUAUAUGGAGCAGUAUGGAUCUUGUAUCCUUGCUGAAACCAUUCAUCAAACCCUCUUUUUAUUACCAGUAAUGCACAGCCAUGACUCACAAAAGAGAAAUAAAUCCCGACAUUGAAUCAGGUAGAUGGA